CACAGCUGAUUGACAAGAAGUUAAAAGUUAUAAUUUUGCAAUAGCUACAAGUUUAAACUGUUUCAACUAAGUAAUUACGUUUCCCUAUUAUUAUCAUAUAAUUAGUAAGUUAUUAAUAUUGUAAGUCUAUAUUUUAAAACAACGAAUUGGAAGAUAUUUGUACUAUUGCUUUAUAAUCGAUGUGUUUGUAAAUGUGAAAUAUUGUAAACGGUCGGCUAUCAGAUAAAUUAGAGUAUUUUUUAAUGGAACUGAGCCAAUUGAUUGUGAAAAAUAUCACUGUAACAAGUUUAUGAAAUUCAAAACAAUACUAUCGUAUCUCCUUACAGACAAUAAAGGGAAAGCGAUAUGAAUGAUUCAUUUUUAGAAGAUCUAGAUUUAGUUCCUAAGGAUCCCAAUCUGCAAAGUAAUACUCAAUUAAAUAAUCGAUAUAUAACUACAAGGAAAGUCUUAUCGUCUCCAUCAAAUGUUGAUCAGAACGCAGAACCAAAACACGAUAAGAUUAUUUCAUCAUCGGGUGUGCCUAAAAUUAAAAGCAAAAGGCUGAGUCGCAGUCAAGAAUCUUGUAAAUUAUCUGGAUCAGAAUUGAAGCCACUAAGUUCUACUCCAAAAUCUGAUAAAAAUCAAGGGGAUGAAAAUUUAAUGAAACCACUGGAAUAUCAAAUAAGAAUAGACGACAUGAAAAUGAAGCAACAGAAUGUUAAAAUAAUAUCUAAAUCACAUGAGAGUAAAUCAGUAACCGAUCAUCGGCGUUCGGGUAGUUCUGGAAGCUCUAGUCGAUACUUAGACACAUCAAGUAAAGAAAAUACUCGACCAUUCACUGAUUCCUCCUCGUCGAAAGAAAGUGGCUCGCAAACUGAGAUGAAAAAGGAUUGUAAUCGUGGUGUAUCCGAUAUUUUAACUAAAAAAUCUGAUAUUUUAGAUAAAGCUGAUCCCGUAAUAUUUCUAAGUGCCAUUAAGGAUCUUGUAAGUAGAUAUACAGAGCAAGAGACUGUAAAAGUAUUAAGAGCGAUGCAAAAUUUGCACAUUAAUUCACAAGCGAAUUUAAUAAAACAUUUGAUGCAUCAAACAAAUGAAUUAGUGAAAGAAUUAAAUCUUUACAAGAACUUUGACAAUGUUAAGGUUUUAAUUGAAGAAAAUGAAAAGAUGCGAGAAGAUAUUUUUUUAUUACGUACUAGAAAUGAAAUAUUGCAGAAAAAAGUGGAUGAAAUGUCUUUAAUAAAAGAAGAGAAUAUAUCAUUAAAAUUAAAGAUAAAGGAGCUGCAAGAAUAAAUAUAA